AUGUUGAGCUCCUUGCGAUGGUCGGCCUGGGGCCCUGAAUACUCUGCCCUUGCGGGGGCUAUCAUCUCUUUUGCUGCCAUGGUGACACUGCUGGCUCAUUUCGACGGCAGAGAUGUGUUCACUUGGCAGGGCGUGACGCUCAACGCCAUCGUGUCGAUUCUUUCCGUUGCGACAAAAGCUGCUAUUGCAUACGUCCUCGCCGAAUGCAUGGCUCAGUGGAAGUGGAUUCUGUUUGCACGGGAGGAGCGACCUUUAAUCGACUUCGAUCGCAUUGAUAGCGCCACGAGAGGUCCGCUAGGAAGCUUGAGGAUCAUAUUUCGCACACAUGGAGCAUUGCCCGUCCAGUUCGGGGCAAUCUUGACAUUACUCGCAGUUGGCCUCGAUCCUCUGGCGCAACAACUCAUCCAGCUCGAACAGACUGUCCUGUUCACCCACAGCGGCUCAAACUACUUUGACGGUAGUCUCCCCGCUCUCAUCUCUCGAGCCACAUACUACGCGAUGGGUAGCACGAUGGUGAAUGAACGCUCAAGCAACAAUUCAACGCGAUCUAGUUACGAGGUGAAAGCCGACACCCCACUUUCCAUGCAGGGCGCAGUCUUGAAUGGCCUCUCCAAGGCACCGUGGGAAGCAGAGCAAGAGGCCUUGGUUCAAUGUCCGACUAGCAACUGCACAUUCGGUCAGUUCAACACCGUCGGCAUCUGCCAUCGAUGCAGCGAUGUCAGCUCGAACUUGAGGCGCGUCGAAGAUUUCGGAGAAGUGUUCCUAUCGAUCCCAGAAACCGGAUAUGGGGGAACAGGUGUCCCGAGCACAGCGUUCGUGCUACCGAACGGUCAUUUCAUUGCCAACAUCGAUGGUUGCCCGCCGUACAAUGGAGUAUUCCCGGACUGUCACAUCGACACUAUGUUAUGGUCGAUGAGCAUCAUCUAUCCCGAUGUCGAAGCUCUCAACAAAUCUGGGUCAUUCACUCCUGGAGAAGGCUCUUUCAACAGCGAGAAGGGCCUGGCGUUUUGGCCUGACAUCGCUAUGGAAGCCACAGAAUGUUCGCUCUACUAUUGCGUCAAGCAGAUCAACUCAGAAGUCCGGGGUAACCAGCUCAAGGAAAACAUUACUCAAGCGCCUGGUUUCCGGCGAGAUCCCGAGUCCUGGCAAAGACUACAAGAAAAGGAGCCAGAAAACGCCCUGCCACAGAACGAGACUGGCACUCUGGAGUUCAAUAGACUUUGGUCAGUCGUUACUUAUUCCGAUCUGAUCAUCGAGUCGCCGGACAAGACCCAGGAACGGUAUCGUGUAGCCGAGGACUCCGUCAAGUCCUUGAGUGCCCACUUUCAGCAACUGUUCCGCGGUAGUUGGGACAACAGCACUGAGCUACGAGAGAAGCUGGAUGCAAAACUGGGGACAGGCGCCGUUGGAUUCAACGGGGCAUCUUUCGGACCCUUUGGAACGCUGCAUGGAGGCAUGAAAGCGCAGCCACCUGCGCUAGACGGCCUCUGGACCUGGUCAAGAAAUAACAUCUCGAGUAUUUUCUCUUCUUUGGCAACGAGCAUGACCAACGAGAUGCGAAGGAACUUUGAUCCCCAAACGCAGAAGCAGACUGGACAAGACACGGAUCGCUUUCGCGACGGCACCUUGAGCUACUGGGGAAGCGUUGGGAGUUCGUCCACACUCUACCGGAUAGAGUGGCCCUGGAUCGCACUCCACGGGGGCUUGCUCCUCGCAGCUAUUUUCUUCCUGGCACUUACACUUGGCAACACAAUCGGGAAGGGCGAUAUACCAUUGUGGAAAAGCAGCUCGUUGGCUGCUAUUCGACAUGGGCGUGAUGUGGGUGGUCUAUUAAGUCAAACGAGCACCAUUGGAGACAUGGAAGCCACAGCGAGGAAGAUGCGUGUGAAAAUGCGACGAGACAACAUAGAUGAGGCCAAACCAUGGCUAGACUCGUCGGUGGAAUCAACUCCACGAGAACCAUAG